UCAACGCAGCAACACAGCUCAGCAAAAAAAACGCACUCGUCAACAUGAAAGUAGCCAUCGUUUUCGCUUGCCUUUUGGCCGUCGCCUACGCUCGUCCCGAUGUCAGCAUCGUUCGUCAGGACUCCGAUGUACAGCCUGAGGGUUAUAACUUCAUUGUGGAGACUAGCGAUGGCACUCAACACUCUGCUUCUGGUGCUCUGCAAAACGCUGCCACCGAUCACGAAUCGCUCGCCGUUAAGGGCAGCUACUCGUGGACCGAUGAGAAGACCGGCGAGAAAUUCACUGUUAACUAUGUCGCUGAUGAGAACGGUUUCCGACCAGAGGGUGCUCAUUUGCCCGUUGCCCCAGUUGCUCCUUAAGUUUGUGAGAUGACGAAGUUAGGAAAUAAAAUUAUUUGUUUUUUUUUAUUAAUUUAAGAAGUUAAGGUGGUUUUAUAAUUGGAUAAUAAACUUUUAGCA